UACGUGGAGAUCAGUUCAGUUUGGUUCGGUACGGUUUUAUGAAUUUCAACUUUGCGGCAAAACGACGUACAAACAACAACGAAAACAGAAACGAGCAAAAAUCACUAUAAAACAAGACGUGCGGGUGUAAAAAGUGUUCGAUAAGAAACUACAUUCACACAAGCAUUCAUGUGAACGAUACAGCGGGGUGCGAAUAAAACGAAAAGUGUUUGGCUAGUCGAUUUGGUGCUAGUGUGAGUGCGCAUGUUUUUAGUUUUCAAAGCAGCUGACGUGCAAAACAUACAUAAAUAAGUAAAAAAAGAAUUAUCUAAUAAAUAAAUAAAACAAAUAAAAUUUGUUAAAAUUCAAGUGUUCGAUAAGCCGUACGUACACCAAAGCAAAUCAAAGUCAAGAAAAGAGUAAAGCAAAUGCGAGCAGCCAAUUGAGAGGAAGCGGCGGUCAGCAGCGAAUAAAAUUUAUCGAAAAUCGUACAAAUUGAAACGUUGGAAAAUAUUGUGUACGUGUUACAUAGAGCGGCACAAACCGGUGCAAUACAUUUUCCGACAAUCGCAUACAACAACAGCCGCAACAAAACAAGAAAAGGAAUUUCAAAGACCAAAGUGAAAUAUAAGUACCAAUCGCAGCAUCAACAACAACACCAUCAACAACAACAGUAUGGCGAGAAGUUUACGUCCCCUUAAGAUCACAAUCGUCGGCGACGGUAUGGUGGGCAAGACCUGCCUACUCAUUACAUACACACAAAACGAAUUCCCCGAAGAAUACAUACCCACCGUCUUCGAUAAUCACGCCUGCAAUAUUACGGUCGAUGGCAAUGAAUACAAUCUGACACUAUGGGAUACAGCCGGGCAAGAGGAUUACGAGCGUCUGCGUCCGCUGAGUUAUCCAAAUACGAAUUGUUUCCUGCUUUGCUAUUCCAUAAGCAGUCGCACAUCUUUUGAGAAUAUCAAAAGUAAAUGGUGGCCCGAGAUACGGCACUUCUCUAAUAAUGUGCCUGUUGUGUUGGUCGGCACCAAACUGGAUUUGCGAGUGCCGAAUUCGGAAAAGUUUGUGACGACAAGUGAAGGACGUCGCCUGCGAAAGGAAAUUCAUGCGCAUUCCUUGGUGGAGUGUUCGGCCAAAAAGAAGAUCGCUUUGAAUCAAGUUUUCGAGGAAGCAGUAAGGGCGGUGGAGAAGAAACCGAGCACUAAACCCAAGCAAUGCACUUUGCUGUAAGGAGUAUGGCGAGGAGUGGCGCAACAGAAAUUUGCAAGAAGAAGAGCAACAAAAACUAAACGAAAAAUCGUAUACGAGUACUACAAUUACUCGAUUUACUGCUAGCAAUGUAUUUAUUUUAUGUGCAUUUCAUACGCCUGAAAGGCGACUACUUUCUGCAAGCAGUGAUGGAAAUGCUUAGUAGAGGAGUUUGUGUCAGUUUUUGGAGUUUGUUGACGGCAUGCAGGGGAGGUUGGUUGAGUUAGCAGUACAUUGGGGCGGGUAGAGAGAACUUUGAGUUCUUUCGCUUUGUUUUUUAUUGUAUUCUUUUUAUUAAAUAUUGUAAAAUAUUUCAUGUGAAAAUACAAUUGAUUUAUUUUUACUAUUAGUCUUUUAAGUGCAUGCAGUUAUAUACGCAAAUAUAUUUAUUUUGUAAAGAAAAAAUAUGUAAAUCUUGAAGAGUAUAAAAAAAAGUGCGCAGAACGUAAUAUUUCAAAUAAAAAGCUGUAUAAUCCAUACAAGUAAAUAAAAAGUUACACAAAAAUUAAAAUAAUUAAUGUUUUAAAACACAUACAUACAUACGUGCAUACAGCUAUGUACAGAGAAAUAAUAAAUGGCAUACGUGUAAUAAAUAUUUAAUAUCAAAGUAAAAUUUGUUUUGCAUUUUUUUUAUUACUUUGUCACAUACACAAAGGUUAAUUUUACUUUAAGGGCCCAUAAAUACAAAUAAAAUACAGUUAAGUGUAUUUUUGUUUCAAAAUAAUUUUUUGCUGAAUAUUUAGCUCUAGUCUCACGACACGCUCUAACUGAUAUUUUCAACGUGUCAAUGCCUAAAAAGUCGUAAAUCUUUCACAGAGCCUUUUUUCGAAGACUCAAAUGGGCGACUCAUCAUCAAAUAUUCGAAUUGUUCGUUGAGAGAGGACCUUACUGCUCAAGACUGAGUAGGCGUCUAAAGUAGCACCCGGGCUUCUGCAUUAGUCAUUCACCUUAAUUGCGCAAUUAAGAAAUUUAGAUGAUUAAGGACCUACUUGAACUUAAUUAAUAAAUUGUGCAACUAAGUCAGAUUUUCAAAGCAACCUUGUGAAAAUUGUUCAAUGUGAAAACGAAAUGUCAGGCAAAAAUAAAUUAAAAAAAAAAACGAAUGUAACACAAAAUUGAUGUACACUAAACAAAAUAAAAAAUUAUGAAAACUAAUUUUUAUUUAUAAAUUUUUUUCAAAUUAUAAAGGGUGAUCAAUUUAGGGGUAUUGGAUUUUAAAUAAAAAUAAAACCACGAAAAUUCAAAUCGGCUGAACAAUCUUUAUUAUUUUUGUGUAGAACCAUUCAUGACAUUUAUUUUUUAAAGAUUAUCCCUUUCAAAUGUUUGUCGCAACUGUGCCGUAAUUCGACUAUCCGUAAACGCCAAUUUUAAAUGACUCGCUGGAGCACUUCAGUCGGUAUCUCGUGAAUAACUUUCGUAUAAUUUGGCUUCCAGUGCCUCAUUCGAAGCUAGUUUAUCCACAAAGCAUUCAGACUUUACAUACCCUCUCAAGUGAGAGUCCCAGAGAGAGGUGGGAUAUCACACGAUCUUGGUGGCCAAUCCACUAGCACGAGACGGGAGUUAAAUUGCUCGCGAUUUGUAAACGUUGUUGAGGCGUAAGUAAGUGUUUCCAUGGUGAAAUGUCAAUGAAUACUGAAAAAAAUUAUGUAUUUAGUAGUUUGACAGUAGUCACGCGUGAUCUGUUAAAAAAUCCCUUUUAAAGAAAUUACCUCCAAUCUGAUCAGCCUUUACAAAUAUUAACACCAAAAUCAGAGGAAAGAAGCUGAGGCUGAAUGAGGGUAGGGUGGCGGUUUUUCUUGCAGCUUCUUAGCCAACGGAAAAAUGGGCACAUCUACGCAGAUGAUUUCAGAUGCAGAUGACUUCUCUAAGAAAAAUGUUUUAGAUAAUUAUUUUAUUUUAUUAAAAAUUAAAAAAAAUUAAUUUAAUUUUUUUUCUUUUUUAACAAUAAAAAUCAAACCAUCUCCAGCUAUCUACGCAGAUGAUUUCAGAUGCACAUGACUUCUCUAAAAAAAUUUUUUUUAGCCAUUAUUUUAUUACAAAUUAAAAAACUUAAUUUUUUUUUUCUAUUUUCACAAAAAAAAAAUCAAACCAUCUUCAGCUAUCAAAUGCUAAUUGAGUCAACUUCGCUAAUUGUGUGUGAACACCAAAGUUGUUAACUCAUUUAAAAACUUUAUUACCUUAAUUGAGGUGCAUGUUCUAACGUAGUAUUAGUGUAGACUUAACUUAACUUAAAUUAAUUGAACUUAAAUUAAUUUAUCUUAAGUUCAUGUAACUUAACUUAAUUUAACUUAAUUUGAACUUAAUUUAACUUAACUCAACUUAACAUAACUUAAUUUACCACAACUUAAGAAUUGACAACGAUUACUCAACACGUCAAUAUU